UUCACCGUAUAACAGUUCGUGUUCCUCGUUCAAUUUGAAGAAUGCCGUGAGUGUUGUGUCUUUGUCGGCUGCUCGACGAACUGCCUCCUCUUCCCUACCUCCUUGGAAUGUCACAUUCUGAUAGUCUGGCAAAUGGACGUAUCUAGCGUUCACAAAUUCAUCAAUCUCGUCAACCACUCUGUUAUCGAAACCGUUUUCGUUCCGUAUCAUACGAAGUGUUGCUCGGUCAGGUCCUUUGUAAACGUACUUGUACAUGUAUUUAACGGCUUGAAUCAUCCCACAGAUUUCUACGUUCAAAUGGCCGUUAUAGCGAAGUGCUAAAUAGCUGUUGUACGGCACUACCGAUCUGUUAUCAAGGAUCUUUCCACCCGAAACACAUGUUCGACCGUCGUUUGGUCUAGGAUACGUCGGAUAACUGUCAGAUUCUGCACUUGUUUCAUCUCUGAACUCCUUCGGAAACCCUUUAGAGCAUAUCCCAUCUACCAUACACGGCGACUGCGGAUUAUCCGCACCACAUGGUCUGUGCAUCAUGCAAGUAGUCACAAUGUUGUAAAGGCGAGGCUCUGUUUCUUGGUCAGGUAUGGUGGCUUGCACAAUAGAGUCUAUCUCAGUGAUGCUUCUCGGCUUGUCCUGUUCUGCCAAGGUUACCAACAUGUGACAGUGCGGGAGUCCUCGUUUCUGCCAUUCCAUUACCGAUACAUAAGCAUUCACAGCUCCGAAAAUUUGCCGCUUGAACAGAUCUUUAUAGAGCUCCUGCAGCUUAAUGUGAAAAACUCGGGCGACGAUAUCCGGUCUAUCGGAAGGCGUCUGUCUAUUGUGCAAUUGCUCAGCAAUCUCUCUCCAUGCAGGAUUGCACGUGAACGUGAUGAAGAGGUCCGGUUUUCCGUACCUGGACACAAUGGCCAUGGCAUCUUGAUAGUUUUGUACCAUUGCACGGGGUGAUCCUGGGAACGAAGAAGGCAGUAUAACACGCCUAAAACCUGGUGGACCUGCAAUAUCGUUGUCACGUGCCACGUAGUCAGAGAGGCCUUUAUAGCUGUCGACUCUGAGCUCAGUUUGAUGGGUACGAUCGUAAUUCAGUCGAUUCUGCUCUAUCUUAACGUAGCUGUCCACUAAAAAUUGCUGAUGGAGUUUCCCAGCAAAGUGAAGAGGAUUGAAUUCGUCCCUGACAGCUAUCAUGUUGGAGUAAUACUCCUUCUGGGUUAUUCUGGCACGACGUCUCUCCGAUGGGUUCUUCAGCAUAUUCGGGUGCCAUCCAAGUUCUCCAUAGGGAAAGAGGAGUGGGUAGGUCAAAGGAUCGCAUUCGGCAUCAAUCACUCGGAUAGAGCGCAGCCCUCCUCCUCUUAG